CUUGCAAGCUCUCCAAAGGGACAGAUUCAUGUGCUUUUCCACACAGCAUUCAGAAAAAAUUGCAUAGGCUAUAAAACAUGGCUCGUUAUACUGGUGAAAAGUUCCUAAAUUAUGGACAUAGAAACAUAAGAAUAGUUUGUAAGAGCGAUGUGGUCUGAGCUUGCAGCAACCAACUCAGACCUCUUUACAUGAUGAGUUCAGGUAAAAUUAGUAGUAUUGCCUUUUUAUCUUGACAGGGACUCAAAGUCUUCAUUGAGAGUGAAAGUGCAUAAACCUGUUUGUGUAUUAUAUCUGGCUUAAUAAAGAAAUAUAUUAAAUCAAUUAAGUGUGUAUAUUAAAUAAGAUUAACUAUAUUGAGAACACUUUAAUUUACGAUAUACGAUAUCUUUAUUGCAACCAAGGUGAGCCAAGCGUGCCAGGACAGCUUACUCCAUGGUCUUCCCCCUUCAUGCAUUAAUUCGACUUAAGUAUGUCGGUUACAUGAGGCUGGUUAUCCCACACGUUGUUUCUUUAGGUCAGUGAUGGUGGCCCUUAAGGGAUCUCUAUCCGGCCCUCGGGACUCACCCCAGGCCACACACCAUAGCUGUCAACCGUCCCUUAUUUGGUGGGAAACUCCCUUAUCCCAGCGCAGUGUCCCACUGCUGUCCCUUAUUGAUAAUAAUAAUAAUAAUAAUAAUAAUUUUUUAUUUAUACCCCGCCCUCCCCAGCCAAGGCCGGGCUCAGAGUGGCUUACAAGCAAUAAUAAAAACAAGAUGAAUGAUUACAACUUAAGAACAAAAAUAAAAUACAACAUUAAAAUAAUGGAACAUUAAAAUAUUAAAAUGUAGCCUCAUCGCAGGAGGAGAAGGAAAAGAAAAAAGAGAGGGAGGGAGGGAGGGAAUCAAAUUGGCUCCAAGCCAAAGGCCAGGCGGAACAACUCUGUCUUACAGGCCCUACGGAAAGAGAUCAGAUCCUGCAGGGCCCUGGUCUCAUGAGACAGAGCGUUCCACCAGGUUGGGGCCAGAGUUGAAAAGGCCCUGGCUCUGGUUGAAGCUAAUCUGACUUCCUUAGGGCCCGGGACCACUAGGGUGUUGCUAUUUAUGGACCUUGAGGCUCUCCGUGGGGCAUACCAGGAGAGGCGGUCCCAUAGGUACGAGGGUCCUAGGCCGUGAAGGGCUUUAAAGGUCAAAAGCAGCACCUUAAAUCUGACCCUGUACUCCACCGGGAGCCAGUGCAGCUUGAAAAGCACUGGGUGAAUAUGCUCCCAUGGCAGAGACCCCGUGAGGAGCCUCGCUGCAGCAUUCUGCACCCACUUGAGUUUCUGGGUCAGUCUCAAGGGCAGCCCCGCGUAGAGCGAAUUACAGUAGUCAAGCCUGGAGAUGACCGUCGCAUGGACAUUAUUGAUGAUGUCCCUUAAAUUUCCCGGGUUUCAUGUUUGCCCGACUCGGGAGGGAAGCAGUGGCUCGGGGUCCUCCGCCGCGCGCACAAGCUGCCGCGUCUCCGUCUCUCCCUUUUCCGGGUGGGCAGGCAGCCCCUCUCUUGCGAGACUUCCACCGUGCUGCCAGGGGAAGCCGGAGGCGGCAGCGGCUGAGGAGGAGGCCUGAGGGAGGAGGAAGACGAGGGGAUGGGGAAGGACGCAGAAGGGUGGUGCUUCAGCAGCUGCGCCACCGCCGCAAGCGCCUCAUGCUGGGCUCACGAGCGGCGUGGGCGAGAGUCUCCCUCCCUCCCUCUCUUUCGGGUGGGGAAGGGCCGGUGGAACUCCUUGCGCCAGGACGAUGGCAGCCCCGACGUGCUGCUUAGCAUCCCCUCCGACCAGUGCAGCAUCUUAAUGUAGUGACUUCCCUCUCUGCAUCCCUUUCAUAACUCUAUUUUUAUAAAUCAUUUGUCCAUCCAUAGUUCAAUUUUUUACUACAGUGGUGCCUCGCAAGACGAAAUUAAUCCGUUCCGCGAGUGUCUUCGUCUAGCGGUUUUUUCGUCUUGCGAAGCAACCCUAUUAGCGGCUUAGCGCUAUUAGCGGUUUAGCGGCUAUUAAAGGCUUAGCGGCUUAGCGGCUUAGCUGCUAAAAGGCUAUUAGCAGCUUAGCGGCUUAGAAAAAGGGGGGGGGAGCGAAAAAAAAUCUCAAGACUCGCAAGCCCAUAGGGAAAUUCGUCCUGCGAAGCAACUCAAAAACGGAAAACCCUUUCGUCUAGCGGGUUUUCCGUCUUGCGAGGCAUUCGUCUUGCGGGGCACCACUGUACAAGUUUUCUGUCAAUCCUACCAAUGUAUGUAACUCUUUACAAUAGCUUUUCAACUAAAUUAUAAACUUUCCCCAUUCUUUAUUAAAGAGGUCCUCUUCCUGGUUUCUAAUUCUGCCUGUAAGCUUUGCCAUCACGUUGUUCAUCAGUUUUGUCUGCCCCUCUUCUUUGGUGGGAGUUGUAGACCCUUAGGAUCAUCUAGUCCAACCCCCUGCAAAACACAGUCAGUGGCAGCAAAAGCAGCCUGGCUCCAUCAGUGCCGGAUUUCUGUAUAAGCUAAGCAAAAUCCCUUAUUGUGGCUGCUGAUCCCUUUUAUCGAGGCUGCUGGUUGCUUAUUUUCAAAUCUGUAAGUUGACAGCUAUGCCACACACCAUUCCCACACCUCAUGCACAAGCUUGCAAGCAUUUCCUCAACCUGAAUGUGCACCUGUCCUCUUGAUAAUGCCCUUCGCUUGCCUGGAAACCUGCCUGCAGAAACUAGCCUCUGGUGCAAAGCUUUCGAAAAUUAGCAUUAAUUACUCUGCCCAGUUUUGCCUCUGGCUCCAUCCGCAAACAUGUGGCCCCCAGAAGGUUGCUCAGACUAGAAUGCGGCCCUCGGGCCCCACUUUCAAACUCUUCUUCCUGUUCAUUCUCCCAGUGUUCAACUGCAGUUAAUCCUUCCUCUAACUUCAGCCCAUUAUAUGUCAUUUUCUGCAGCAGCGGAAAACGAGAUUUAGUCCUCAUCUUUGUGACAUCCUGUCUGGUAAUCUGAAGCAUCCUAUUGCCAAUUUAUCCAUGGACCCUGCGUCUUCUCUGGGAUGAAUGUUCCUUCAGCCUUUCCUCAGACUCCCUUGUCCCCUCACAGAGCCACCAUUUCCAGAGUUCCCUGGGGAGAGGGACUGGUUGUUAAACCACUCUGAAAAUUGUAGUUCUGUGAGGGGAAUUGGGGUGGGGGUUUUCCUAAGAACUCUCAGCACCCUUAAUAAACUACAAUUCCCAGGAUUAUUUGGCUGGUGAAAGCCACGACUUUUAUAGAUAGUGGCGCCCGCCCUGUGGAACACCCUCCCAUCAGAUAGCAAAGAAAUAAACAACUAUCUGACAUUUAGAAGACAUCUGAAGGCAGCCCUAAUUAGGGAAGUUUUUUAUGACUGAUGUUUUAAUGUAUUUUUAAUCUUCUGUUGGAAGAGUGGCUGGGGAAACCCAGCCAGAUGGGCAGGAUAUAAAAAAUUAUUAUUAUUAUUAUUAAGUAUAAUAGCGCUUUAUAUGUACGGCACAGCUGUGGCCAAUUUGGAGGGCCAGCGCCAUCUUUGUCAUUUCCUCAGCGGCCACAAAAUUAUUAUAACUGUUACCCGCCCUUCCCCAGCAAGUCCCAGGGCAGGUUGCGACAAUUUUAAAUUAUGAAAUUAAAAACAGUUCAGCCAAAUUAAGGUCAGGGGGAUAGGGUGGCUCCUGAAAAACAUGCGUCUCAAAUGUGCCAACGGCCUUGGUAAAGAUGGCUUCCAGCAGCGACCAAGAAGACAGUGAAGGAAGGGGUUGUCAAUUAAGACCCUGAACGCCUUUCUUAUUUUCCCGCCUUUUAAAAAUAAACCUAAGCAGGGUUACCGGCCGUUCCCUCUCCUCACAGUGACAGCCCAAGCAGGCUGAAGGAAGGUGGCCAGUUCCCCUCUUUCUCUUUUAUCAGGCCAUAAUGUGGCAAGAAGCCUAUUUUGGUUUUAAGCGGUAUAUAAAUUAAUAAGCCAUAAAACUGUCAAAGCCAAAGGGCUGCGCUGAGGCGCUGGCGUCUGACACACAGAAACAAAAUGGAGAAGGGACAGUGGCUCCCUGUCUCUUGACCUGAGCAAGCAGCUCCUGAGACUAGGGGCCAUUCCUCUCAGGAAUAGAUUUCUUCUUCUUCUUUUGUAAAGAUUAUUUUAUUUCAUUUUAUGACGUACAUAAAUUGGAGAGAAUAUUUCUAAUAACAGAUGUAAACCAAAGCAAAACCAUAGAACAGGGGUGUAGAAGAAUUGCAGUCGCGUAUGGAUUAAGUAACAAAGUCCAGGUCGUGAAAGGAAAGGAAAAUACGUAACGGUCUUCGCAUAAAGAAAGAAAGAAAUAUGGUUUUGCACUAUUUGGCUGCCAAGUCUAGUUCCAGAUUUGCCAGGCUUGUGUGACAAUGGUUCUCUAGAAAAUGAUGGUUCUGCAGUAUUAGUGAUAAAGAAACAUCAAAUCGUAUAAAAAGUGCCUGGAGGCUCCAGUCCUUGUCAAAAUCUCAACCGUUCAUGAACCGUUUGAGGAACAAAGCAUCAUUAGACACCACACAAUAUCUUAUUUAUUAUAUUUAUAUAUUUAUAAAUAUAUAUUUAUAUAUAUUUAUAUCCUGCCUUUCCUCCAAGGAACUCAAAAUGGCAGACAUUUUGUCUCUCUCUCCCCUCUUUAUCCUCCACAACAACCCUGCCAGCUAGUUAUCUUUAUGGCCAGGUGGGGAUUUGAACCCAGAUCUCCCCGGCCCUAGUCAAAAAUGAAGGAAGGCUGCCCUGUUAGCAUAUCAAAAAGCAGUUUCAGAGGGACUGUCAUGUCUGCUCCUCCUCAGACAUGACAAUAUAAAUCCACAGGCUCUCAGGCCCAGCAGAAGUUCCUGAGGAGAAAAAUUCAGCCACAUUUCUGUAUCCACUUACUGAGUGUUUUCUGUUACGGGUGACCUCAAAGUGACUUACAUUUAUAACAAACAAGUUCUAUACAGUACUGUGUAAAAAUAAUAAAAUGGGAUUAUUGCCUCUCAAAGAAGCUCAUGUCAGUAUAAACUAAAGAGCCACACCAGAAGGCUUUAAAAUUCAAAAGGCUCUAAUGGAGGAGAGGGAAAAGGAAGAGCAAAUUAUGGCCUGUUUGUGUGUGUGUGUGUAGAUAUAUACAUACAUACAUACAUACAUAUACAUAUAUAUAUAUAUAUAUAUACACACACACACACACACACACACCAUAUUUUUCCGUGUAUACGAUGCUCCCAUGUAUAAGACGCCCCCUAUUUUUGGGGACUCCAAAUUAAGAAAACACCCCCUCAGCACUACCCAUGUAUAAGACGAGCCCCAAUUUUAAACCUAAUUUUUUGGUUAAAAAACCCUAGUCUUAUACUUAAAAAAUACGAUAUACACACACAAAGAAAAAACAAAGUACAAGGCUCGCUAAUUUGUCGUUUUAACUGCCGCUGUUUCAUCUAUGCCUUGUUAGAUGGCUACCGUUUUAUGCUUCAACAUGUUUUUACACUUUCCGUUCUGAACUACUUUGGGCCUGACAGGCAAUAUAAAAAUACCAAAAUCCGUUUAAAAAAGAAAAGGAGACCCGAGUUCAAAUCUCCACUCCAGCUAAGAAACCCACUGGUUGAGCUUGACCUCCCAUUUUAUUACUGCAUUGCAGGGGCUGUUAUGAGGGGAAAGGGGGAUCCCUGAAGCAGCAGAGAGCCAGCGGGUUUUCCAAGAAGGGUGAACGGGCAGGAGAAUAGCAAACGAGGAGGCAAAAAUAUCAGGAAAUCUUAAUUUAACAUAUAAUUGCGUUGUUCUUGUUUGCAGUCUUUUAAAGUGGGCACUGGAGGAGAUGCUUUCCUAGGGACACAGCUGUCAGCCCAGAACAAGCAUAUUAUCCUGGGGAAAUGUAUCCCUGCGGCAGAAAGCGGAUCAGGAUCCACUGCGAGAUCUCAUGGCCGCCCGCGGGUCGAUCUGCAAGGGUCGCUGGCUGACCCCAAAAUGGCUCAACAAAAGCUUUUUUAAAACGGGUGCUUUAAAUUGUUCCGCCCCAUGCAGAACCCUGAGUGGUGGCGAGAGGCAGGAUAUAAAUUUUAUUAUCAAUAAGGCAAGAACGAAGAGACACCCAUGCUUGCCCCAGUUAGGUGGUUUUAAAUAAAGCAGAGAAGCGGUUAAACUGGGAUUGCAAGAUCCAUUCUCCCAUUUUGCACCCCAGAAGUCGGAAGGGCACCCCAAGGGUCAUCCAGUCCAACCCCCUGCAAUGCAGGAAUCCUGGCUAAAAGAAUCCCUGACAGGUGGCUUUAGCUGCUGGAUCUUGAGGUUCAGGUGGAAGCAAAAGGAGAUCUGUCGAGUCCGAAAGUCCACCCUCUCCCGCCUUAACGGGUUUUAUUUUCAAAACUUAUGUCUGAAUAUAAACAGGGAAGGUUUAUAAGGGAAGCAUAAGCGGUAGCUGAUUCGCUGGCAUCCCCAGGUGGGCUGGGGAUGUCCCCAAAUUUGAAACCUCGAAACCAGCCCUUCAUCAGAAGUGAAAUUUUACUUUAUUUUUUAAGGGCCAAAAGUCAGUGGGACACUGGUCCUGGGUCCAAUCACUUCUCCGCAUAGGGCUAGGAGAAAACAACUUCCUUAAAUCCUGGAAAUCCGCUGCCAGUCAGUGUAGGCCAUAUGGAGCUAGACGGGCCAAUGGUCUGAUACGAUACACGGCUUAGGAUUUAGAAUCAGUUUGAUUCCCUCCCCCUCUUUCUUUUUCCUUUCUCCUCCUGUGAAGAGGCUGCCUUCUAAUGUUUUAAUGUUGUAUUUUAAUCUUUUUAAAUUGUAUUUUAAUCAACUUGCUUUUAUUAUUGGUUGUUAGCCACCCUGAGCCCAGUCUUGGCUGGGGAGGGCGGGGUAUAAAUAAUUUUUUUUAUUAUUAUUAUACAAAAGGAAAACAGGGGUGGGGAGGGUAGAGGAAAAGUGGACACAACAUGCACUGGGCGCAGCCUGCAAAACCUUCCAUCCCAUCAAACUUGACGAAGAGGGAAAAAGAGGGAAGGAGGGAGAAGCCUUCACUCCUUGCAUUCGGGGAGGGGGGAUUUACUCCAGAGUAAUCUCGCGCAGGACCUAGAUGCAACCCCCCCCCCCCCCAAACACAUCUUGCAAUCCCUAACCCGGCAUGCAAACAUCUGCGCAGGCGCCUUAACACCUUUUCUUGGACACACCUCCUUCUUUCCCGUGGUGCACACCAAUGUUGUGCAUGUGUCUGCAAAAAGACCAUUGGUUCCAUGGCCUUGGAUACCCAGCCGCGCUUUCCCCCUCGCCAUUGGUUCUCUCUGCUGUCAAUCCCACUAGCUCCUCCCAUCCUUUUUUACUUAAUUAAUCGUGCCCCCCCCUCUUUUUUUGCAAGUUUGUCUGUUGAAACAAAGAGAGGCGUAAAACCCGCCUUCCCAAGGAGCCUAUUGGUGAAUUCCUUUGCAGCAGGUCUUUUCAUUUGCCCUUUGCAUACACACCAGGCUAGGUUUCCCAGGGAAACCAGGAAGCUGAUGUGCUGGGGGUGUAUAUUUUCCCCCCUCCUUUCCCUUUCUCCUCCUCCCCCUUCCUUUUUGCCGAUGAACCAGGAAGUAAAGUUUGCUCAGCUUAGGAUUCCCCAGUUUUCCUAUUAAGAAGCAAGCGAGCAACUUGAGCAAUAGGUGGAGGAGGGGAGAACAGGGCAUUAUUACAGGUGAGUCUGGGAAAGGACUUUCUAGACGCGAUUACAGCCUUAGCACCCUUGGGUGCAUAAAGGAACCCCCCCCCUUCGUUUUAAUGUGUACGUUUUAAGAGGUGGGCGAAGGCAGUGGGCUUCUGCCCCACAUCUAGGAAUUAAGAGGGGGAACUGUAAUCCUGAUUGUGGUGGUGCACUUGAUAAAUCUUGUUUAUGCUGCUGUGUUUGCUUCGUUGUUUAGGCUACAAGCCGCUUUGAGUUUAAUCUUAACACCCUAUUUUAAAAGGGGUAUAAAAUGUAAUGUUAUAGCUGCGUCUCUUCUUAAAAUGACCUGUUUGCAACGUGUUCGAGAGAAAGGUGGCUGCUUACGGUUCCAAUCCCUUCCUUGCUUCUUCGGCCCCACGCCUCUGUUCCUUUUAAAUUUUUAUUUAGUUAAGUGAUUGUAUUGGUUCUCAUAAAUGCGUACCGAAAUAUAACCAGACAGCUAAAUAUAAUCUGUACCUGUUUAGCUGCAGUUUGAAACAGUAGAGGUUUGAGUCCUGGGCUAGGGCCUAGGGGAGGUCCCCAACACACAGCUUUGAAGCUCCCUGGGCAAUCCUGGGCAAAGUCACCACCUCUCAGCGUGGCCUACUUCACAGGGUUGUUGUCACAAUAAUACAAAGAGUGGGGAGAGCUGUGUAGGCCACCUUGAGCAUCUUGAAGGGAAAUGUGAUAUCUCAAUGCAGUAAAACUGAAAAAAAUUUUAAGCAUUAUUACUCCAGCAGGGUUUUUGAUUGGAUUUUGAUUUUGUGAAUAAGUGGUAUGCAAAUUGUUGCAAUAAAUGACGUGUUAAAAGUGUGAAGUUACACAUGCACCACUCAGUUUAAUUUGUGGGUCAGGAAAAGCUACAUUUCUUUAGAGGCACAGGAUAUGGUGUUGCCUACCCACCUCUGUCUAGUUUGUGCCAAGCAGAAGCAGUGGUUUUAUGGUGAAAUGGAAAGAAAAAACAGGCAUGUGUGCAACCUUAUGCUAUCUAUGUUUACUUAGCAGGAGACGUCAGUAUAUACUUCUCCCAGAAAGUUUGCAACACUAACCCAACUUACCUGAGAAAAAGCCACCUUCAAUUCAGUAGAUGUUCUGAAUAGACAUGGUUCAUUUAUUUUAUUUAUUAAUUGCGUUUAUGUCCCACCUUAUUCCUCCAAGGAGCUCAAGGCUCCUCCCCCCGCCCCCAUGAAUCCCCAUAACAACCCUUUGAGGCAGGUUAGGCUGAGAAACAGUACCUGUCCCCCAAGGUCGCACGCAGCUUCAUGGCCGAGUGGAGAUUUGAACCCUGGUCUCUCCCAGGCCCUAGUCCAAGACUCCAACCACUACACCACAUUGGCUCGGUUAGGAGGGCAGCUUCGGCGUUCGUAAAAUUGCUGCUUUAGAUUAUUUUUAUUUUAUAUUGCCUGUCUUGAAAGACUUAAUAAUUGCAUAUCUUUGUUAUCUUUGCUGCAGACAGUUAGGAAUGCUGAAAAACGAGGGGUUUGCCUGAGGAUGUUUUGCAAGACGGUGGUUUAGUAUGAACGCUAUUCCUGUGUCUGUUAUUUGCUUUCAGUAGCUUUUGAUAUUGAAUUUUAAAUUUAGCUCAUUUUAGAACAGACUGGCCACAACUCUCCAAGGUUUUGGACACUGUCAGCUGUACUUUUCCACUGGUUGAACCUGGGACCUUCUGCACACAAGUCAAAUCUUCUGGCUUUGAGCUGCAGCCCUUCCCCUAACCAUGCAGUGAGAUCCCAGCCCUCCUUGUUCUGAAUACCUAAAUGCAUAGGAAUCUUUCUUAUACUGAGUCAGACAAUCAGUCCAUCCAGCUCAUUAUUGUCUACACUGACUGGCAGCAUGGGGUUUCAGAGAGAGAGAGAGUGAUUUCCAGCCCUACUGGAGAUGUUGGAGACUGAACCUGGGGUUUUCUGUUGGCAGAGCAGUUCCUCUGACCCCAAACUGCAGCCCUUCCCCUAGAAACCAGGAACAUCACAAAGAACUAUUUGCAAGAGAUACAUAUAUAUCUCCCCCCCCCCAAUCUCUCUCUGUUCCUAGGCACGACAGAGAGACCAUGACGACGUUAAUUCACCGGGGGCGGCGCGCAGAUGUCGGGCGAAACGUUGACAAGCGGCUGGAGGGUGAGGAGGACUCCAUACCAGACAAGAAUUUGGGCGAGGAAGACUCCGGAGACUCCAAAGACAUCCGCCUCACCCUCAUGGAGGAGGUGCUGCUCCUUGGCUUGAAGGAUAAAGAGGUACAAAAGCCUUGUUGUUGCAUCGAUUAACCGCCCAUCAGCAGCAGCUCCCAAGGAGGGGUACAACAAUUUAAAAUUCAGAAUUAAAAACAGAGCAAAUUGCAGUUGCAGGAAAAUAAUAAUAAUAAUUUAUUAUUUAUACCCCGCCCAUCUGGCUGAGUUUCCCCAGCCACUCUGGGUGGCUCCCAAUCAAGUAUUAAAAACAAUACAGCGUUAAAUGUUAAAAGCUUCCCUGAACAGGGCUGCCUUCAGAUGUCUUUUGAAGAUAGGAUAGCUACUUAUUUCCUUCACAUCUGAAGGGAGGGUGUUCCACAGGGUGGGUGCCACUACUGAGAAGGCCCUCUGCCUGGUUCCCUGUAACCUCAUUUCUUGCAGUGAGGGAACCGCCAGAAGGCCCUCAGAGCUGGACCUCAGUGUCCGGGCUGAACAAUGGGGGUGGAGACGCUUCUUCAGGUAUACAGGACCGAGGCCGUUUAGGGCUUUAAAGGUCAGCACCAACACUUGGAAUUGUGCUCGGAAACGUACUGGGAGCCAAUGCAGAUCUCUCAGGAACAGGGCAGGCACAUCUCAGGCAUCAAAGGCCAGGGUAAAGAGCUGCAUCUUCAGCAUUUGUCGAAAGCUGCAUCGUGAAGAUGCCAGAUGCACCCCGUUUUACCCUCGCAAGCACCCUGCAAGGAAGGCUAGGUCGCAAGACUAGGAAGGCUAGGUCGCAGCCCAGGGUUGCCCAGUGAGCCUUCUGGCUGAGUCAGAAUUUGAACCCUGAUCUCCCAGGUCCUAGUCAAGCACACCUAACUGCUAUUGACUGGCAGAAGGUAAGCUCAGUGACUCCUUAACUGCACAGUCAGCUGGGGAUCUAGAGGAGAAGAAAUCUGAGAUUCCCUGGGGAAAACAACCCAGCAUGCAUGUCCUGAGAAGGUUUUUAUUACUAUUUAUCUUAUUUGUGAGAUUUCUUACCCACCCAUUCACCAUAAGGUCCCAGAGUGGUUUACAGCAAUAUGGUGUGCAGUUAUAAAGACAAAUAAAACCACACUAUUCAAAACAGGACAGAAGAAAUUAAGCAAGACAGCUUGCCGGUCAAGGGUCUGGAUGGAGAGUUGUGUCUUCAGUAUGCACCGCUUUCUCUUCUGCAUGAGAUUAUUUAUGGGAGAAGGGUUGUAGUUUAGUGGUACAGCUUCUGCUUGCAUGUAGAAGGUCCCUGCUCCCAUCCCUGGCAUCUUCAGGUAGGGCUGGGAGAGACUUCCUUUCCGAAACCUUGGAGAACUGCUGCCAGUCAGUGUAGACAAUGCUGAGGUAGGCAAACCAAUAGCCAGACCCUGGAUAAGGCAGCUUCCUUUUUUAGAAAAGCCCUUUCUUCAGAACCAUGAGGACCAGAACCUUACUGUUCAGGGCAGUGGUAGAGGAUCUGCUUUGAAGGCAAAGCAUCUGCUUCGCUCACAGAAGGAUCCAGGUCCAAUCCUGGCUAAACAGACCAGCGGCCUGACUUGGUAUAAGGCAGUUUCUUAUUUAUUACGUUUAUAUCCGACUUCUCCUUAGGUUAGCUCCCUCCUGUUUUUACCCACACUGCACCCUAUGAGGUAGGUUAGGAUGAGAGAUGCUGAUGGGCCCUGUGCUGAGUGUAGUGUUAGAAUCUGCAUCUUCCCAGUUCUGGUCUGAUACUCUUGAUCACUACACUGCACUGCCGUAGUGGUUAAGAUAAGCCAGAGACAUACAUGUGGGCAGUUCUUGUAUGAAAUUUGAGGAGCCAGAGUGAAGACGGUGGAGAUGUGUGGCAAGAGCCAGAUUGCCAGCAUUUACCAGUGGUGGGAUUCAGUUUAUUUGAGCCUGUUUCUUAUUGUGAACUGAAAAGGCUGGGCAUAAUAAGUGUCUGUAUCCACGUUGGCAAACAUUUUGCCAGAUUCUCUCCCCUUGUUCUGGCCCAGAAUGUUGGAUAUCCUUAUAUCCCCUGCUCCAUUAUAUCCCACCAGAAAAAGAGAGUUUCUUGAUAGUCUUUAAUGGCUCCCCAUUUAUUAUGGCAUAAGAUUUUGUGAGGUGCAUGAAGUUAGCAAAAUAUAUGUGCAGUGUGUGUGAAAAGGCCAUAAAAUGUGAUCCGUUCAAUCUGAAAAGUUUACAUAUCUACAGGGUAAGCAUAGUGGCCAUCGAUUCCAGUAGUUAUUGGUGAUAGAAGAGAAUCUCUUCAUAUUUCUGUAUUUGUGGUUGUUGAUUUUAAAAUAAAUAUCCUGUGUUAUCUUGCCAAAACGACAACCCUGGGCAGCUGUCAAAAUACAAAUGAAAUAAAUAACAUUGUAAAGCAGAAAUUCAAAACAGUAACUAAUAAAACUCCAGAAGGUUGCCAAACAGCACCAAGGAGACAACCAGCUGCGCUCAAUUAAUACCCGUUGCAAGUCAGAGAAGCUUGGUUUCGACAGUGUCUGUAAACGGAUAGAAUCAAGCUUGUUGGACAGAUUCUAGUUCUGACAACAUAGCUGUGAUUCGUGCAUUACAAGGGAUUGGAAUAGAUGACCUUUGGGAUCCCUUCCAUUCUGUGAUUUUCUGCAAAGGUUCUAAGUGACUUUGCCAGGACUCUUUUCUGUCUUUCUUUUAGCAGAAAUGUAUUAGAGGGCAGUGUCCAUGAUGGAGUAGGAGGAGUGCAUUUUAAAACCAGUUCUGGACUGAUCCAACUGGUAUCUUUACCAUUUAUACAUUGCUUUCAGUGCUCUUCCUUUUUUGCAGAAAGUCCUCUGUCCAAAGGUGUGUCAGACCUGCACCUGGGCAGUCCUUGGUUAGUAAUUACUGAGGUAAACCGGUUCGGAAUUGCUCAUUUGCACAGCUUUUCUAUAGACACAUGUCAAAGCUUUUGCCACUGAUCAGGUCUAGUGACAUACACCUCCCACCUCAAAAGAGGGUGGAAGUUGGGAGUCAUAUCACAGGAUCACUGCUGCCCAGGACUACUCUUCAGAACUGCUAGACCAUUGGAGCUCUUGCCAUGCAGUUUCCAACCUUCUGUUAUAUUGUACUGAGACAUUUGUAGUGAGUGAGAGAGAACCUUUGUCUUGACUGAGUCCACAAUAAAUAGAAGCCGGUUUGGCGAGAAACCAGUAAAUGUUAGGUUUUUAGAGCCUGCCAGAAACUAAGAAGAGCCCUGCAGCUGGAUGAGGCCAGAGGGGCCCAUCUAGUCCAGCAUCCUGAUAUCACAGCGGCCAAUACCACAAGGAACCUAGGAAUCUAGAUAGACUGCCCUUGGACCUGGAGGUUCCAUAAGCACACUGAAAGAGACCUGCUGGUUCUGGUCAAUGCCCCAUCUAGUCCAGCAUCCUGUUCUACAGAGAAGCCAGCAAGCAGGACCUGAGUGCAACAGCAACUCUCUCCAUGUGUGUUUCCCUGUGGAACACCCUCCCAUCAGAUGUCAAAAAAAUGAACAACUAUAUGACAUUCAGAAGACAUCUGAAGGCAGCCCUGUUUAGGGAAGUUUUUAAUGACUGAUGUUUUAAUGUAUUUUUAAUCUUUUGUUGGAAGCCGCCCAGAGUGGCUGGGGAAACCCAGCCAGAUGGGCGGGAUAGAAAUAAUAAAUUAUUAUUAUUUCCCAGCAACUGGUAUUCAGAAGCCUGCUGCCUCCAACCCUGGCUCAGAUCAAAGCCAUUGUGGCCAGUAGCCUGCUGAUAGCCUUCUCCUCCAGGAAUCUCUUUAACCCUCUUUUAAAGCCAUCCAAGUUGGUGGCUGUCACUGCUGCUUGUGACACCAUGUAGACCUUGCCGGUUCGUGCCUUGGCUGCACACGAUUUGACUUCCCCUCCCUUGUCCUGCUUAGAAGGAUGGUCACAUUGUUCUGAUUUUUUUUAAAGAUGCAUCCCUGUCUUUGGAGUCCCUGUCUUGGCGUGCAGACAUAGGGUACAAUAUAAGCACUGCAAGGUGAAGGGGGAGGGAAUAAGCUCUGUCAGAGAGAUCUGCAUUUGCUUGCUAGUCCAUCCAGACAUCACUAGUCUAGAUUACAAUAGUAUCCUGAUGCAUACUGUAAGUGACUCCUUGUCCUUUAGGGAACCCUUUUAAAUGAAGUUGUGGCGUCAAGACUCCACCUGCACCUGUCUUGUGACUCUUUCCCCCCAGGGCAUGAAUUGUAGGAACUGAUUUGCAUGCUCAUGCUGCAUUUAUAUCGUAGGUGGUUGACUUCUGCUGUGGGGAAGGGCCAUAGUUUAGUGGUAGAGGAUCUGCCUUCAAGCAGAAGGUCCCAGGCGGCAUUUCCAGGUAGGGCUGGGAAGGACUCCUGCCAGAAAUCCUGGAGGGCUGUUUUACUCUGCGUAGAAAUAUUUAGCUGGAUGGACCAACAGUCUGACUCAGAAUAAGGCAGCUUCCUCCUUCCUAGGAGCUGGCCCAGGUUGUCUUACAACAGCAUAUUUAACAGCAUCAAACCCCCACUUUUUUUUUUUUUGCAAUGGUGCAGGGACAGUAGCCCAGGGCACCCAUCACACUUAAGCAUAGUUAGCAUUAGCCACAGUUGGAUGUCUUUUAAUCUUGGUUAAUCCAGACAUGGAGCCAGGGGAGCUGACACAACCGUGGCUUGUUUAGUACAAAUUAAUUCCUAACCUGGUUUGCAAGUUUGCUCCAGGCCCAUUUCACCAGCUGGUUUGUGGCCAGUCCUUAAUUCUCAGUGUAGGUAUAUUGACACAACAUUUCACCAUGGUUAGUGAAACAAACCAUGGUUUUAAGUGUUAAUGGUCUGAUUUCUCACAAAGCACUGAGCCUAAACUGUGGCUUAGCAAGGGUGCAUAGGGAGAAAUUUGUGGCAGAUAGGCUUCCUACCCACCCCUGUUACUGCCACGCCACCAGGAAGCAAAGCAGCUGAAAUCAUGUUCCCGGCUAAAUCCCAAAUGCUUGAGGGAGUGCAAGUGUCUUUAUUGUCCUCUCAAACAGGUUCAAGGAGGAACACAGAUAGUUUUGUGGCUGCAGUCAAAAGGGCUUUGGGUGAUCUCCAAAGCUGCCUCCUUAGAUUUGACAGGCACCCUCCUUGCUGAACUUCAGGCACGAACAAAAGCUUCCUUAUUUCAGCAGGCAUCUUGAAGUUUUGUAGCGUUUAGGAUGAAUUUUAAUUGUUCUUAUUCUAUUUUUUAUUAUCUACACUGCUUAGAGAUUCUUAAUGUUAAGUUGUAUAUAAAUAUCUGAAAUACAGUGGUACCUUGGGUUACAUAUGCUUCAGGUUACAGACUCCACUAACCCAGAAAUAGUGCUUCAGGUUAAGAACUUUGCUUCAGGAUGAGAACAGAAAUCGUGCUCUGGCUGCGCGGCAGGCAGCAGGAGGCCCCAUUAGCUAAAGUGGUGCUUCAGGUUAAGAACAGUUUCAGGUUAAGAACGGACCUCCAGAACCAAUUAAGUACUUAACCUGAGGUACCACUGUAAAUACAUAAACUAAGUUGUACGCAAGGUGGACCCUGAGUGUGGCUGACAUCAUAGUAGAAGUUUUAUCUUGCUUCUAGGGUCACAGAGCAGUGUUUACCCCCUUUCCUAUACUUUCAGCAACCCUUUGAGGUAGACUGGGCACCAAGAUAGAGGAUUAAGGCAAGAUGUGCUUAUUCACUGCACCUGCACGAGCUGUGGGACAACUGAAAUGUGUUGUGCCAGGGUCCGCCAAUGCUGUUGCUGAGCCACAUCCCCCUUCGGCUGCAUCAGCCAGGGAUGAUGGGAGUUGUAGUCACCUACAGGGCCCCUUGUUGGCCACCCCCAUGUUAAGCAAUCAUUGUUCCAUUUUGAGUGGGCUGCAGACACGCAUUCAUUUAAAGUGCAUGACUUCCCCCAAAGAAACCUGGAAACUGUGGUUUGUUAAUGAUGAUGGGAAUUGUAGCUCAGUCAGGGGUAAACUACCGUACCCCCAAUUCUUUUGGGGGGGCAGAGCCAUAUGGGGGCUACACAGCCUAAAUGUGAUUCACUUUGGAGCUGCAGCUGGAGAGAGAAGUGGAGCUCAGGCACUCCCAGAAGAGCUGGAGCGAUUUGGAAGUCGCACUUCUGCAUUUGAUUUAAAGCCCUGGUCUGGCCGGAACUCUUGAUCCGUGUUUGUUUUUCCCGUCCAGUGGUUUGACUCAGACUGGUUCUUCAACUUCAUUUCCUUUGCUGGGGCGAGGCAUCAUUCCGGGAGUUUAACUUACUGACUUUACAUCUAAGAGUUGAAGCCCCAGUACCAGUGUGGCUGGGGGCCUUUUUAAAAAAAAAAAAAAAAGACUUUGGAAUUAUCCUUAGUCCACUCUGUUUGCUGUCAGAGUCAGUGGUCCUUAGCAUGCAUACUUUUAGGUUCACUCCAAUAAUAUUAACAGGUUUUAUGGCUGAAGUAAAAUAGAUUUGGGUAGAGUGCAAUUUCAUUUCUGUGCUUUUCAGGCCUAUUCUGAACCAGUCUGGUGCAAGAAUGCAGGUUGUAAAGUUGUAAUUUGAACUAUCAUUCUUGAAAUUUAGAAUGCCAGUGUCAGAAUAUAUAUCUCAAAUUCCAAAGCCUUUUUUUUUUAGGUUUUUGAUUUCCACAAUAAGUCUUUAAUUGAGGCAUACCUUUCAGGUCUUUAGUAACAUGAUACUGAGUUUUUUGUGGUGUUGCACAACCACAGAGUAGAACCGUUGAAAUUAAUGGACAUGACUAGCUUGCUUCAUUGAUUUCACUGGGGUUUUUCUGAAUAGUUGGAGGCAGCCCAUCAUUAUUCCUUAUAGCCCACCCUUAUAAAGAGUCCAGGACAGCCAGCAGCAUCUAAAAAUGCAAAAAAAAUUAAAAAGUAAAGUCAUAAUCUAAAAUACAUUGGUGAGACAAUUAUAUCCAUAAUGCCACUUUUACUAUGACCCCCAACAGCUGCAAAAAUAAAUAGGUCUUGAGGGGACAGCUGAAUUUGUACAGAGACAUGUAUGGGUGGCAUUUGCCUAGUUUUGUUACUAGAAAUCUGAAUUUUAGCUUUACAAUUGAGGCACCAAGUUCCAUUAAAAAAACCCACAACCAGCGUGACUCCUUGGCAAUGAGGACUAGAAACUUGCUCGGACCCCAGAAUGGAAGCUGAGCCUGUCACGGUCAAAAAUUCUGCAGUGACAUUGAACAUACACAGCCUCCCUCUUUGAGAAGACACUCCAAGAGGUUUCUUUGUGAUACCUUGCACUGUUGAAAUCCAGCCGAACCCGCAGCCACUGAUGUCACAUAAUUUGUUUGCAUAAGAAAUAAAACUCCUGAACUUCAGGCUGCUGUCUGUAUCCUUGUGAAACGUCAAGAAAGGUCAUGGGUGGAAAGGAGACUUUCUUUGGUCUUUGCAAUUACACUCUUAUCCAGCAUGUUCUGCUAUGAGGAAGUGGAGGGUUGUUUUUUUAAAGGUAAAUAAAGGCCUGAUUCUAGCUGUUAAAUGGUUGUGAAGGCAGGGUGUCUUGCGUAAGCUUAACCAUAUUGGAGUGAAUAGGCUUUUAAAAUGCCACACUUUUUUUUUGCUUUUUGCCUAGGCUGAAACAAGCGGUGUAGCUGUUGAAAUAAUGGGCUGGCUGUUUGCGCAGGAAGCGCUGCUUUCCAUCUGGCAGGCUGCAGCUCCUUUUGGCUCAGCACUUCCUCUCCUUUUUCUAUAAAGGAAGACUUGAGUUGUUCUUCAACUUGGAACAGCUUCAUCAAAAGUUAAUCCCUAACUGGUAGAAGUUUGGAUUGGAGCUGUGUGUGUGUGUGUGUGUGUGUGUGUGUGUGUGUGUAAGUCCUCCCUUCCCCCAGCCCACACCUGGAUGAUCAAAAGACUUUUUAGCUUAGAAAGAGGUGGCGUGAUGGAAGUGUAUAAAAUUAUACAUGGAAUUUCCCCCCCUCCCUCUCUUGUAACACUAAGAAGUCAAGGACAUCCAAUGAAGCUGUAUGUUGGAGGAUUCAGGGCAGAUUAACGGAAGGACUUCUUCACACAGUGCAUAGUUAAGCCAUGGAACUCACUUAUACAGGAAGCUGUGACAACCACCAACUUAGAUGGCUUUAAAAAAGGAUUCGAAUUCAGCGUUUCUCAACCUGUGGGUCCCCAGAUGUUGUUGAGCUACAACUCCCAUCACCCCUAGCUAGCAAGGCCAGAGCUCAGGGAUGAUGGGAGUUGUAGUCCAACAACAUCUGGGAACCCACAGGUUGAGAACCGCUGGAUUAGAUAGAUUCCUGGAGGAGAACAAGGCUAUCAGUGGCUUCACAAGGCUCCACAGUGACUGUACUCUCCCUCCAGUGCUGGAGGCAGUGAUGCUUCCUGAAAACCAGUUGCUGGAAGCCGUAGGAGGGGAGACAGUGCUCUUGCGCUCGGGUCCUGCUUGCUGGUUUCCCUUUGGGACAUCUGGUUGGCCACUGUGAGAACAGGAGGCUGGACUAGAUGGGCCCUUGGCCAGAUCAAGCACACUCUUCUUAUACUCUUGGAAUACUCUUUGAAAUAGACCUAAGUUAGCUAUAUCUGAUGCUUUUUGGUGGGUCUGCUCUGUUUAACUUUGGAUACAGCCCAAAACUUUUAUCCCAUCUCUUUCGUGAAAGAGACAAAACAGCAGCAUAAAACAAGCAUCACCAGCGCCACCCUUCCAAAAAAAACUCCACUCAAAUUACUUAAUGACAGCCUUGACUAAUAAUCCUGUCUUUGGUCACCUCUAAAGUCUGUGACUUGCACCAAACCACAAGCUCUUUAUGGCCCGACAUUGCAGUUUCUUCCUGGGUCUUUGCUGAUGUCCAUUCCUGAUCUCCUCAGGGCUACACGUCCUUCUGGAACGACUGCAUAUCCUCUGGCCUCCGGGGCGGCAUCCUCAUUGAGCUGGCAAUGAGGGGAAGGAUACAGCUGGAGCCACAGACUAUGAGGAAAAAACGACUGCUGGACCGGAAGGUGAGAGGGUUUUUCUGUUCCCUGGCCUCCCUAAGGCUGUUUGUUAGGGCCUGUUUCAAUGCGCCUUUGGGAGCCUGGCAGAAGUCUUUGUCUCUCGCUUUCUUUCUGCCUUCUAGGUCCUCCUAAAGUCAGAUGCCCCGACGGGAGACGUCCUCCUAGAUGAGACACUGCGGCACCUCAAAGCCACCGAACCUGCCGAGACAGUGCAGACGUGGAUUGAGUUGCUGACAGGUGAGGGUGGAAGUGUUUCUGAGUACUGCAGGGCUGCUAAGCCUUUGGGGUGUCUACAGAUUCCUUCUCAUUUUAAGAACUUACAUGCCUCUUAUAACAGAAUCUCUAAGCGGUUGACAUUGUAUACAUCAGUAAAAUCACAAACAAAAAAGUCAGUACAUGAUACCUGGGUAAAUAGGAAUCCAGUAAAACAUUAAGCAAAAUAUUAGGAACACUGAAAUUAUGCCUGUGGGCUGCUACAGUGCUCCGAAGAAAAAAGCAUAGUGACCUGUGUUCAAAUCCUAAACUGUGGUUAAUCCCCUAAGUAUUACCUUUUGAAACAAGCCAGCUUCACAACCCAUCACGUUCUUCCCCCUCCCUCCAAUAACGUGGAGGCAGGGAAUCUUUCUUUGCAGGAUGAGAGCCACCUUCCCUGUAGGCUGCCUUCCAGGGUCCAGGUGCAAAUAGUGAAAUGCGAAAGUGGGUGGUACUGUAGGCUACAUUCCAGUCUCUUCCUCCAGGUGAGCAAGAGACCCUGUCACAGUUCAAGGACACAUCCCAAGCAAAAGCACUCGAGGAGAAUGUGAAGCAAGUGAUGGGUUUGGUCUGGGGAUAGUCCCAAGGGCUGGAAUACAGAAGCCUCAGGGGCCACAGUCGGCCCCCAGACAAGUUGCACCACCACCACCCCUGCUGCCAAAAUUGGAUGGGCAUAAGGAUUUAGUGCAAAGUUCUGUAGCUCAAGUACAACCACCUCUCAUCUCAACCAAGUUUGUAUUAUAGGUCAUCUUUUGUAGAUUAUUGUAAUAAGAACCUGAGCAAAUCAUAGGUUGAAAGACAUUCCCAUACCUAUAAUAAUAAUAAAAAUUUAUACCCCACCCUCCCCGGCCAGAGACGGGCUCAGGGUGGCUAACACCAAUAAAAUCACAGUAAAAACAUAAUGGGGGGGGGGGGCACAAAAACAAAACAAUUUAAAAUACAGGUUAAAAUGCAGCCUCAUUUUAAAAGUAGCCGAUAGAUCAAGACCAUAAGGGGAGGGAAACAUAAGGGUCAGAUUGAGUCCAAACCAAAGGCCAUGAAAAUCUCUAAAAUUAAAUAAAUGAAUUUGUUUGUUUUAAAAAACAACAAUCUGUAGCUAAAGUGAGCUAAAUCAGUGAGGACUAGAAUCUUUGUUUAUUUUUAAGGUAACAUACGUAGCACAGUAACUGAGCAUCUGCUUUGCGCACAGAAGGGCCCAGCUCAACCUCUGGCUUCUCUUGGUGCAGCUGCGAGACACUUCCUCUCGAAACCUAGCAGGCCACUGCCAGCCAGAGUAGACCGCACCGAGCUAGAUGGGCCCUCAAGGUCCUGACCUUGUUGCUGACCCUCUUCCUCGCCUCCCGCAGGUGAGACCUGGAACCCCUUCAAGCUGCAGUACCAGCUCCGCAACGUCCGGGAGCGCAUCGCCAAGAACCUAGUGGAGAAGGGGAUCCUGACGACCGAGAAGCAGAACUUCCUCCUCUUCGACAUGACCACCCACCCGGUCACCAACACCACGGAGAAGCAGCGCUUGGUGAAGAAGCUGCAAGAAAGCGUCCUGGACCGGUGGGUCAAUGACCCCCACCGCAUGGACAGGCGGACCUUAGCCCUGCUGGUCCUGGCCCACGCCUCUGACGUGCUGGAGAACGUCUUCACCAGCCUGGUCGACGAGAAAUACGACGUGGCCAUGAACCGGUCCAAGGACCUCAUGGACAGAGACCCUGAGGCGGAAGCGGCCAAGGCAGGGGGCUCAGAGAUGAUCUGGGCUGUGUUGGCAGCCUUCAACAAGUCCUAAAAGCUUCCCAAGUCGGGCGAGGCUGUUCUGAGUGGGUUUGGCCCUCGUUUCCUCUUUAGGACUGAACCUUUUCCAUUCUGUGGAAUCUUCCCAUGCUCCUUAGCGGUGGGCAUUGGUGACUUGCCGCGCCCAUAGCCGCCACCACAGAUGUUGGGCAUGGCAGGCGACAUUCUGUUACAGGAACGCCUAUAUCUUCACCACCAUCUCCUCUUCCUCGGAUUCGGGGACUUGUUAGGUUGCAAGAACGAGCAAAGAAGUUUGUGCGCCGUUUUCUCCUCCCCCCUGGGAACACCCCUCCGUUCCGUUGUUCCCCCCCAGUUUAAAAUGAAGGUCUGUGUCUGCUAGAAGUGGAGUGAGCCGCCUCUCUCAUUUAUUUCAAACUCUUUUCUCCCCCCCCCCACUGUUUUAGGGAGGAACAAAUUACAAUGUGCAUUUGGGAUUUUUGUUUUGUUUUGUUCCGUUUUUUUUCUCUGUGUGUUAAAUCUUACAAUCCCAACCUCUGUUUUGCCCUGUCUCGUUUUUUCGACCCAGUUUUCCCCUUGUGCUGUUUAUUCCUUGUGUUCUGCUGAAAAAAAACCCAUUACAGCACAAAUCUCUAUGCAAUCUCUUGUGUGU